AUCUGCUCACGCACAGUUGGUGGAGACAGCUGUGAGCUGAGAAUCUGCACAAGAUGACGGUGAAAGUAAAAAAACAACUACAAACCAGGAUGAAAAAGAUAGCCCUGCUGUUUGGUUUAUGGAGUCUUCUCUCUAUCUCACAUGCUCAGUUGCCAGAUACUGAAGAGGUUGAAGGUGAGGAAGAGGUGGUUGACCUUUUUACCACACCACGCACCAAGCUGGCUGCUGCAACCUCCGAUUUUGGCUACAACCUGUUCCGUCAGCUGGCAGCACGUGACCCAAAGGCCAGCGUCUUCCUGUCACCCAUGAGUAUCUCAGCAGCUUUCACGCAGCUCUCAAUGGGAGCAUCUGAACGAGCUGAGAAACAGAUUUACAGAGCCCUCCGCUACCACACUCUGCAAGACAGUCAGCUCCAUGACACUUUGAGAGACCUUCUCGCCUCGCUCAGGGUAUCUGCCAAGGGUUUUAACUCUGCAGAACGCAUCCUUUUGGCUAGGAAGCUCCGUCUUAAACUGGAAUACCUCAACAAUGUAGAGAAACAAUAUGGAUUACGCCCUCAAACUCUUGCGGGUGGAGCCAGGGACCUCAAAAUAGUUAAUGAUUGGUUUAAACAGCAGACUGGUGGAAAAGUGGACCAAGUCCUUCCUGCCCCUCUCCCUCGUAACACAGCUGUACUGCCUGUGGGGGCAGCCUUCUUCAAGGGUAAAUGGAUAACUAGGUUCAGCAAGGCUAACAAAAUGGAGAACUUCCAGAUGGAUAGUGAAGCGCCAGCUCUCAUACCCAUGAUGGAGCAAGAAAAUUACCCAGUAAAGAUGGGUGUUGACUCUGACCUUGGCUGCACAGUAGCCCAGGUUCCAAUGGAGGAUGGGGUCAGCAUGUUUUUCUUCUUGCCAGAUGAGGUGACUCACAAUCUGACUCUAAUAGAGGAGGCUCUAUCGGCUGAAUUUGUUCAAGACCUCUCCAAUACCCUUCACACAGUGCAGGCGCUGCUCACCCUGCCUGUUAUUAAACUCAGCUACAGUACAGAUCUGCUGCCCUCUCUCUCUGACCUGGGUCUCUCUGAAUGGUUGGCAGAGACAGACCUUAUCAAAAUUACCAGUCAACCUGUUAAGUUAAAUGCUGUCCAUCAUAAAGUUGUCAUGGAGACAGCUCCAGAGGGUACACAGUAUGCCAGCACCACCCCAACUGCCAAAGGUCAGUCACUGGAUCUAGCUUACCGUGUGGACCGGCCCUUCAUCUUUCUAGUCAGAGAUGAGCCAUCAGGGGCACUUCUCUUCAUUGGAAAAGUGCUGAGGCCCCGUGACCUGGAAAGGGUAUGAGACAGACACAGACACAGAUAUACAUGCAUACACACAAAUACCAUCAGUAUGAGCUAACUUUAGCCCAAAUAUUUAAACAAUAAGUUAUGACUGAAAUCGGGUCUUUUAGACUUUGAUCUGUACUGUGAUAGUUGGAUUUGGCUAAACUAUGCUUCGAUUCAGAGAAGAAUGAUUGUGAAGAUUGCAGUAACUACAAAAUCAACUAGAAAAAGUAACUUUAAAGCCAUUUUACUUAGUUUCAGUGUUGCCUUUGUAGGGCAGAAUGUCUCACAUUAAGACUUUACAUAUUUCAACUUACAUGACCAUUUGAGGCAAGAUUUCACCACAGUUUAUCUUCCCAUGAACAUUUUCUGCAUGCUUAUGCAAUACAAACUCACUCACAAGCAAGCAUUGGUAUGUGCACACAUUCAGUUAAGCUGUACAUUAAUUAUGAAUACGGGCCACUUAUGCUUUUCAGUAUGUACAUUUCAUUGAUAAACUCACUGGAUUUUAACGAUGCAAUCUGCAUUAGUUAUGCCGCAUAUUAAGAUGACGCUCAUAAAUCAGACUUUUCACAUGUUGGCAAAAAAUUCCAUAGCUAUCAGCAGCUGCUAAAAUGCCUAUGAAAUACAUGUUGUAUUGGCCAUCAUAUUUUGUAUCACAUUUUUAUUUUUGAGUUUUCAGUACGUUUAUCAUAUGGAUUUAAUUUACAUCCCUAAGAAAUGUUCAAAUUAAAUUCUAUUCAGUAGUUGACAUUCCAUAGAAUGUAGAACAUUCAGAACAUGUAUAUUAUGUUGAAUAAAAAAAAUAAAAAAAACGUAAUUAAAAAAUGAAAUAAAGAACAACUUGAGAAUCU